GAAUACGAGUACCUGUACAUCCUGAUCGUCAUCUCCUUCUACGGCGUUUUCCUUUGCGGCAUCAUGCUUGGCUACCUCCGCUCCAAGAGGCGGGAGAAGAAGAGGACCAAUGUGUUCACGCGUCUGAUCCAUGAGGAGGAGCAGCGGGAGUGGGGCGCCUGGCCGCGGAGGCGCAGCAUCCCGCUGUCCUUCCCGGGGCUCUACGGCGCGCAGGUGCAACAGCACGUGUUGCCCUCCUCUCCAGAACACCUCCACCACCACCAGCACCAGCACCACCCGCAGGGGGGGGUUGUGUUCGAGGGGCGGGCCCUGUCCCCGCUGGCCUGCGCCCUGUGCCUGGAGCAGAGCAGCAUCAGCUCUCUCUGCUCCUCCGCUGACGUGCACUUCGCCAUCGAGGAGGAGUCUGACAGCGCGGCCACGGAGGACUCUGAGGAGGCCCCCAAGGGGUUCCAAAAGGGCUGCCUGGAGAGCAUGGACGACUCGUGACAGGCAUACGCAAGACGCGUAAUGGACUAAACAGAGUUCAGAGACACGGGAUUGUGAGUGCCUCCCACUCUACUUCCAAAAAAGACAGAAGAAAUCUGAAGGUCUGAUUGGUUCUGGGAUGACCAAAGGAGACAGAGUUUGAAGGGAGAUGACCGCCUUCACUGCUGUCCGAUGUGUGUGAGGCUCAACCCCUGCUGAGGACCCAUCUGGAGUGCACAGGCAUGCACCUGGAACCUACUUGAACGAUAGAAGCGACCGUUUUCAUGCAGGCUCCUCGAUGCUUCAAGGUCUGCACUAGACUCCCACGCUCAGCCCUGCAGGUGUCCCUGAUGAAGGACACUCCAUGUACAUAGACCUUUCCCCUUAGUAGUCACCCUGUCUGCAAUGGUUCAUUUAAGAUGGACAGUCUUAAUAUUUCAGAUGCAUGAUAAUAAAUGUCUGUCAGUGACGUUGAUGUUUGUUUUUUCCUGUCAACAUAAGUUGUCCCCUUGAUGCAGUACUUGUCCUUCCCCAGUAGAGGGUUUCCAGUUUACCAUUCCAUUCUGCUCAGAGAAGAGGUUCUGAUUUUGAUCAGUGUAGCCGUCGUGUCGAGGACCAUUUGUCACUUAUCCGAACGUACAUGGCCUUUAAGAGAAUCUAAUAAUGGCCGGAGCAUAGCUGAAUCCGCUACCCUAGGUAGCGCUGUAGCCCUUUCAACAAGUGGUUACAGAGCCACUUCCAGUUUACUGCUACGUCCCAACAACAACAAACACAGGCGGCAUUCGAGAAAUAUGUUUUCAUUGGACUGCUGUCGGUUCACUUCGGGUCCAUAUCAUUUCUCCGACGCUCCAUUGUUCAUACCUCUCUGUCGAAAGCGGACUCCUCCGGCAGCGGAGCAGCGGGAGAAGUCCAGCUGGAGGAGUCCAGCCGGAGGAGCCCGCAUACGACCGAGAGGUUGGAACGAUGGAGCGCAGGCUCGCCGCUCCCUAUACGCAGAGUACGCAGAGUGCGUAGGGUACCAAGUACCUGAGGGGGGCGCCAACAAUUAAGGUUUGUAAAAAUAAAAUAAAAAAAUACAUGAAUUAAUUAAAAAAAUAUGUAAAUUAGUUAUGAAGAGGCCCACCGUUGUUUGUUCUUAAUUGUAUAACCUAUCACUCAAUUUCGGCAAAUUAGAUGUUUUUACCUAUAAAAAGGGGCUCUUGCACACAUUUUGGGCAUGUUCUCAGAUUAUGAAACACGGUGUGCGAAUGUGUUUUGCGCACCAACUGCGCUGCAAUGAUUGUAGCAAAAUGAUUUGUGCACCUGUAACACAGACUUGCGUACUCAUAGACCCUAUUUUUUGUUUACAAUGGUAGAAAAAAUAUUUACGACUUCAAAUGUACUGUGACUUUAGUGCACGCAUUCAAAAUCUGCAGUUACAGGUGCUAAAGACUUUUGCUACAAUAAUACCUUCAUAAUUUCUCUGCGUGAGAAAUACGAAGUGUGCCGUGUGAGCGUGUGCAUGGGUUGAAUUGCGUGUGUCUCACGCCGAAUGCGUGAGACUUGAGAGCCCUGUGAAUGUAGGCUACAAAGUGCAAAAACGCCAACAUAUUCUUUUUUUCUCUGACCCUUUGUUUUAUAUCCUGACAAAAGCCUCGUAAGGAAAGUUCCUCUGUGUCUCUCUCGUAGAUCGCACCAUCGUUCAAGGUCUUUGUUUAAUGCGACUGCCUCUCUCACAUGGUCAGCGUGGAUUUCACUUUCUCUCCAGUUAGCAUUGUGUAACCAAUUUUAGGAAUAUAAAAGUGAAUUACAGACAGUAUAAUAUCAAGUUGGACUGGUAAUAAGACCACGGCCAGUAUCAGAAGACGGCAAACACGUUGAGCAGUAAUAAUGAAUCAGGCAGAAGAAUACUGUUGAGUAGCCAAUCUUGUAAUUAUUUUACAAUGAAUAAAAAAGAAAUGUUCAAUUUAUACAAAAUUCUAAAAUAAGGAUCCAAAUGAUCA